UUUCGUCAACAGGUUGAUGUACUGGCCACUGAGUGUAUGUAAAAAAAAAUAUUAAAAAAACCUAAACAUUACGACACUUCUAGUCAAUCAAAUAAACCUCACGUAAUUCGACAAACUCUCAUUCACCUCCAUACAAAAAAAGGGUUUAACUCACGUGGACACAUUUUGGGCGGAGUAAAUCCUCUCGCUUCGCCUCUUCAUCUGAUUACCUUGAAAACAACUGUCGGACAUCUUGGACGCAGUGUCCAAUUCUUGAAUUUAUACCAGUGGUCGAAUCAGUAACUAGUGCUUUGAAAACUUCAUUGGAGUAUCGGCGCUCCGGUAUCACGAGUCCCAUCACAAAGCCUCUUGCUCGACCGAACAAAGUACAUACCAUAACAUAUAUUUUGGUACUUCUUAGCUACUGUAGUUAGUAACUACAAUGAGAAACUGCUGUGCGGUGAAUUGUGCUAAUCGAGCUGGUCAAGGAUGGAGAUUCUUCACUAUACCAAGAGGAUCUCAUCCCUUCCAAAAGAAUAGAAGACGGUUGUGGCUGCAAGCCAUAAAACGGGUGGAUUGGGGCCCUGAUGGUCUGAGGGGUGAUUAUAGCUUGUGUGGAGCUCAUUUCAUCUCUGGAGAACCUUCUAUGGACUACAACAGUGCCGAUUUUGUUCCAUCAAUAUUUCCCCAAGGCAAACAGACAAGAAUCUCAAGAAAGAGGAGAUGCAGUAAAGCACAGUCUGACGGCAAUGCUGUUGCCAUGGCAAGUCCAGACACAGAGGAACAUGUCCUUCCUGACUGUUCUGAAGUGCUGCAUGGUCCUGACUGUUACCAUAGUGACCAAAGCACGCUAGAUCCGAAGCUGGAGGAUGAAAGUCGGACGCUGGACCUGAAUAUCAAAGAAGAAGAUGUGGAUAAUUUUAUGUAUCUAAACUAUUCUGGACUUCUGAAAGAGGAAAGGAUAGAGGAAACGUGGGAGUGUCCUCAGCCUGGGAAAGGGGGUCCUGACUGUAACCAUAGCGACCUAAGCAAGCCAGAUCCAAAGAUGGAGUCAGUCAAGAUGGAGGAUGAAAGUCAGACGCUGGAGCUGACUGUUAAAUUCAAAGGAGAAGAAGAGGAGGAAACUCGUGGCAAGACCUCUUUAUCAACAAGGAAUCCGCUCACGUCCACUGGAGAGAAUUCUUACCAUUGCUCUGACUGUGGGAAGAGUUUCAGUCAACAUUCAAACUUAAAACAGCAUCAGAGAACACACACAAGGGAGAAAUCUCAUAGCUGUUCUGACUGUGGAAAGAACUUCAGUCAUAAGGGGAGUUUGGUAUACCACCAGAGAAUACAUACAGGGGAGAAACCGUAUAGCUGCUCUGACUGUGGGAAAUGUUUCAGUCAAAAGGGGAGUAUGGUACAACAUCAGAGAACACAUACAGGGGAGAAACCAUAUAGCUGCUCUGACUGUGGGAAGAGUUUUACCGCAUCUUCUACUCUAAAGAACCACCAGCGUAGAACACACUAGAGAAAAGCCUUACCAUUGGACUGUGGGAAGAGCUUCAAUCGACAUCAACAUUUCAGACAACAUCAGAGAACAGUGUGUUGGAUGCAUUUGCUGUUCGUUUUGGUUGUCUCAGAUGUUGUGCCCAAUGGAAAUUAAAGGUAAAUAAUGUAUUGGCACUUUUACUGUAAAUAGAAUAUGUUUCUAAGCAGUUCUACAUUUAAUAUGGAUGCGACCAUGAUAAUUGUGAAUGAUGAGUUAGGCAUAAAUAUCAUGCUAACCUCUGUUAUUGUAAUGGUAAGAGGCUAUGUCAUGGGGGUAUGAUAUUUUUUGUGCGUCUAACUUUCUCACUCAUAAUUACUCCCGAUUUAAUUCAGAACUAUCUGUAAUCAUGGUAGCAUCCACAUUAAUGUAGAGGUGUUUAGAAACAUAUUCUUAUUUACAAUAACAGUGACUCAAAAAUUACUUAUUUUACCUUUAAUUUCUAUUGGGGGAAACAACCAAAACAAAUAACCAAUGCAUCCAACAAGUUUGUAGAGUCACAAGCUUGAUGUAGUCAUUAUGUGCUAGGAAUAUGGGACCAGAUACUAAGUCUGGUCACUUUAAUACACACACACUGCUUUCAGAACCCAUUCAGACCCCUUGACUUUUCCCACACGUUGUUACCUUACAGCCUUAUUCUAAAAUGGAUUGAAAUAAAUACAAAAUCCUCAGCAAUCGACACACAUUACCCCAUAAUGACAAAAGCGAAAACAGGUUUUUAAUUUAUUAAAAAAUAAAUACCUUAUUUACAUAAGUAUUCAGACCCUAUGCUAUGAGACUCUAAAUUGAGCUCAGGUGCAUCCUGUUUCCAUUGAUCAUCCUUGAGAUGUUUCUACAACUUGAUUGGAGUCCACCUGUCAGAAACUCAAUUGAUU